UCACUGCAGCCCUUGGUUCACAUCUAGUUCCAGCUCUAUACCGUCGCUGCCCGAGUUUGCCCUAAUAAAAUUACAAAAUUUCACUGUUUCCGUUUGUAAAACUCAGCGCAUCGCCCAGGCGUUCAAAUUCACAUCCAACACAAGCGGUAGUAUCGUUGUGAAACAUGUCAACACCCGCUCGCAGACGUCUUAUGAGAGAUUUUAAAAGACUUCAAGAGGAUCCACCAACGGGUGUCUCGGGUGCGCCAACAGAUAAUAAUAUUAUGAUAUGGAAUGCUGUGAUUUUUGGUCCACACGAUACACCAUUCGAGGACGGAACCUUUAAGUUAACCAUAGAAUUUACGGAAGAGUAUCCAAACAAACCGCCAACAGUUCGAUUCGUAUCGAAAGUAUUUCAUCCCAAUGUGUACGCAGAUGGAGGAAUAUGCUUGGACAUAUUGCAGAACCGCUGGAGUCCCACAUACGAUGUGUCAGCCAUACUUACAUCUAUACAGUCACUGCUGAGCGAUCCCAAUCCCAACUCACCGGCUAACUCCACCGCCGCCCAGCUGUACAAGGAAAAUCGCCGCGAGUACGAGAAGCGUGUGAAAGCCUGCGUGGAGCAGAGUUUUAUCGAUUAGCCAUGCGCCCACUCUAGGAACAGCAGCAGCAUCAGAAGCAGGAGCCACAACAGGUGCAGCAGCAGAUUCGAGGGCGGCCGCAGCUUAAAACAUCAGCAAACUACAGCAACAAAAAUAUGCAAUACCAUAAAGAAGUUUGAAUUAAAUAAUAACAGAAAUAUUUAUGAUAAUUGUAAAGCUAUGAAAUUGUAACAGCGCCAUUGGCACGGCACAGUAGCAUAUAUACACCCUCAACCGCUCACUCGCUCACACACCUGCGCACACCACCCGGAACCCGUACUGGGCAUUUUUAAGUUAUAUUUGUUUGGCCGAUAGUUCCACCUUGUCCUUAUCCCAAUCCCGAAAUCAUACCUAGAAAACACCCGGAAAUCCAUUGUAGAAGUCGCCGCUAGUUAACCCGGCAGCCGGAAGUAAGACUCUCAUAAGCUAACAACUCAAAUGUUAUAAUUCAAAUAGCAGCGGCGAAAAAUUAUUAAUUAUAAUAAAAAAAAUUAUAAAAACCA